CUUUAAAUACCGCAAAACCCCCGAUGACACCACGCGACCUCCCUUCCUUCCUUCCUUCCUCGUUCCGCUCCACUGCUCCAGGACACGAAACGAGCCGUCGAUCGCGCAGCUUCGCCCGUCUCUCCCGGUGCCGGUCCCCCCUUGCAACAACAUGGGAGUGGAGUUGAUCACGAACGUUUCCGAGUACGAGAAGCUCGCCAAGGAGAAGCUGCCCAAGAUGGUGUACGACUACUACGCCUCCGGCGCAGAAGAUCAGUGGACGCUCAAGGAGAACAGGGACGCCUUCUCCAGGAUCCUGUUCCGACCACGCGUGCUGAUCGAUGUGUCCCAUAUCAACAUGGCUACAAACGUCUUGGGCUUCAACAUCUCCAUGCCUAUCAUGAUCGCCCCCACAGCAAUGCAGAGAAUGGCUCACCCUGAAGGAGAGCUUGCUACUGCAAGAGCAGCAGCGUCUGCAGGAACCAUAAUGACAUUGUCUUCAUGGGCUACUUCUAGUGUUGAAGAGGUUAACUCAGUAGGACCUGGGAUACGUUUCUUCCAACUUUACGUUUACAAGGACAGGACCAUAGUACGGCAACUCGUGAGAAGGGCUGAAAUGGCCGGAUUUAAGGCUAUCGCACUGACCGUCGACACUCCAAGGCUCGGUCGCAGGGAAGCUGAUAUCAAAAACAGGUUCACCUUGCCUCCACAUCUGGUGUUGAAGAACUUUGAGGGGCUGGAUAUCGGCACGAUGGACAAGACAAAUGAUUCUGGCCUCGCUUCCUACGUUGCUAGCCAAGUUGACCGGUCUCUUUGUUGGGAGGACGUCAAGUGGCUGCAGACAAUCACCUCGUUGCCGAUCCUAGUGAAAGGGGUCAUGACUGCAGAAGACACUAGACUUGCCGUCGAAAAUGGGGCCGCCGGUAUCAUCGUGUCCAACCAUGGCGCUCGGCAGCUAGACUACGUUCCUGCGACCAUCAGCUGCCUGGAAGAGGUGGUGAGGGAGGCGAAGGGGCGGCUGCCGGUGUUCCUGGACGGCGGCGUCCGGCGCGGCACGGACGUGUUCAAGGCCCUGGCGCUGGGAGCCGCAGGAGUAUUCAUCGGGAGGCCGGUGCUGUACUCGCUGGCCGUGGACGGGGAGGCCGGGGUGAGGAAGGUGCUGCAGAUGCUGCGGGACGAGCUGGAGAUCGCCAUGGCGCUCAGCGGGUGCACGUCGCUGAGGGAGAUCACGCGCGCCCACGUCCUCGUCGCCGCCGACGCCGACACUACUGUCCCCCGCCGCGCCCGGCUCUAGGCGGCACCUGCUCCUGCAUGCGAACUGAAGAUUUCUACGGAGUAGUACUGUUACCCGUGUGUUGAUCGAUUGAUUUGAGAUAUGUGCCGCUAUUCUCGUGCUUCCAUCUCAUGGAUGCAUAAUAAAGGAACGAGCGUGUGUGCGUCCUGGAUGGUACUUAUUGCUGAUGACCCUGAUGUGACUAGCAAUUGCGGCGAAAUGCCUUUAAUAACGUCUUUUGCUAAUCC